CGAUUAAAGAAGAAAGGCGUGGAUGGACGACAGUUGAUCGACAAGCAAAAAGUGACAGAUUACUACUUGAAAAAUGUGGUAUCGGCACGGACACCAGGUCCCACACCUGUAUUGGAUGCGUUUGGCGAUUUUGUAAAUGCGUUUGUGGAUGAGGAAACUUUCACAAAGGAUUUCUUGCCCACGUUUGACAAGAUGAUGUUGAGAUCGCCCGAAGUUGCAUCACGAGCAUUGGCUCGUAUCAUACCCAAGCUAUCGUUCGAUCCAUCUUCGAUCUUUGGCAAGAAAUGGACAGAACCCGUACUAAACCAGUUGCGUGCCAACUCAGCCGCCACGCGCAACGCAGCUUCAGAAUUAUGGGAGGUAUUGGCAGUAAAGUGCCACGACACGGCACAGCUUGCACAAGUCGUGACCACAGUAAUAAAGACGUUGACGACGGGCAAGGUAUCAUCUGCGGAUCACCGAGUAUUGACGUUCAAUGCACUUUCGGCACUUGCGCAAGCGGACGAACCAUCUAUCAGCGAAAAGGCCUUGGAAGGUUAUUUUACCAUGAUUGCCAAAGAAUCGAACGAACAAGCCAUGGCAGCAGCCAUCGAUGGAGCAGGGCGUCACUUGACGGUAUUGAUCUACAACGACGAAUAUUGCCAGACACACAAGGAUACUGUCACCAAGACCGUCAAGACUUCGUCGGAAGGAUUAAAGUCGGCCAAGGCGGCAGCACGCAAGAAAUGGGCUGUUGCAUUCGGCAGCACGGUGUGGGCUAAACGUGAGCCGAGCCAGGCACUGAGCGCCAACGUCAUGAGCUAUUUACAAAAUCUGUUUGCGACUUUUGGCAAGAUUGUAGACAAGCCUUUGGUGUGGAAGGACGGUCCAUUGGAAGCCUAUGUGUUGAUUGGGACGGUUUCGGGUCGCAUCCAGCAAUGGCCAGCAUUGCCACAACCUGUCACGGAUCUUUUGAAGAAGAACAAUUAUCCUGGAUCGUUAUUAACAAAUUCGCCCAAACCCAGUUUCUUGCUGUGGGAUCGUAUCUAUACCAAGGCUGUCACUCCCGGCGAAGGUCUUUGGUUUGUACGUGCAUUGGCCGGCGUGUUUGCUAAUGAGUCCCAGGCUUCCUUGGAAAAGACCGGUUCUGGUGUGCUCGCUGCUCAAGCUUUGAUCUGGACCUUGUCUAGCCAUCCUGAACACACUGUUCGUAGAGCUGCAUAUGAAGAGACAGCUGCUUUGGCCAAGUCCGAUGCCGUCAAACUCGGUGCGUUUAUGAAGCCUGCUUUGUCUCAGUGGCUACUUGAUUUGGAAAACAACACCAAAGAAUCGACAGCGAUGAUUGCAAAGAGCACUGAUAACUACCGUGAGGAUAUCGCUUCUUAUCGCACCGCAGGAGUUUUGAAUGCUAUCACCGCCUUUGACAAGGACUUUGGCGAGGAUUUACAGGAGAAGGAGCUCGUCGAAUUGAUGAUCUUGGCCCACCACAAGUAUAUUGCUUCGCCUACUGACAAGUACAACUGGAUCACGCUGGUGCAGCGCACUGGUGUUAACCCAGGCAAGUUGGUGGAAAACCAAGAAUCCAAAAUCAUCAACCUGUUGAAGGAUACAUUUACUUCAAAAGAAAAGGUUUGUUGCUGUCUCUGCUAUCUACAAUCCGAGCUAUUCUACCAAGCAGCAUGCUCUGCUAUCUCCACGCUCGUGUUUAUCCGACCAGAAAUGAUCUCCUUGUUUGUCGACUUGGCACGCGAGAAUUUGGAUACCAAGUUGAUGGAUGGUAUUGAUGAGACCGAAUUUGGCAUCUGGCAGACUCCUGAAGACCAGGUCUAUGUUGAUGUCUUGAGUAAGAACAAGAACAACAAGGCAGUGACCGGAAACCGCAACCGAAAGGGCUUUGAUGAUGACAAGUGGGAAGAAGAACUUCGUGCCGAGUUGGCCAAAAAGAAGGGUGCUGCUCCUGUGAAAAAGCUUACUAAGGAAGAACAAGCAGCUGUCAAUGCUCAGCGCAAAAAGGAAGCCGAAGUCAGAGCUCAUGUUCAAGCUGUGUAUCAUCAGCUUUCCUUGGGCUUGGAUAUUGUUCAUGCGUUGGUUGCUGGCAACCGUCUUGAUCUGACCGGAAGUCUUGUUACGUUGGUCAGCACACUACUUGCUAUUGCUAAAGCGCACGGUGGACUCCUUGUCGGUGAAAACAUUGUUGACACCUUUUUGGAACUGGGCGACUGUAUUGCCGAUGAUAUCUAUUCAAUCCGAUACGCUAUUGCCUUGGCCACUUUACGCGCCAACAAGAUUGCCUCGAUUCCAUCGCGUUGGCUCGACGAACCCCUCGCCGAUCUUGUAGGUCGAGUGUUGUAUCGUUUGCGCUUUGUCACUGAAUCACGACCCUUGGAUCCAGCUUCGUUUGGCUACUGCUUCCCUGUCUUGCAACAAAUCAUUUAUCAAGGUGGUAUUGGCGUGUCCGGCGGUGCUGAUAAUGAAGCUGUGCUCGAACAGGUUGUCAUGGCCGUCGACAUUAUUGGUUUCCAUUGCUCGCGUGGUGGAUCUUCUCCUGUGAUGCCCAAAAAGGAUAUGAUCGCUACUUUGUUGUACAGCAUCAAAGAGUAUCCUCAGUGCACCAAGAGCGCCAAGACCUCUUUGAUUGAACUCUGCGAGUCUAUGAAUGCGGCUGAUAUUGGCGAGGAUGAGGAGAAUAUCAACAGCGAGGAAAUCAAUACUUUGUUGCAAGGUCUUUUGUCGGAAGAAUUGUUGGUGCGUAACGCUGCUCUGAGUGCUUUGGAUCUGCUGGAUCUCACGGAUAUCGACUAUUCUCCACAACUGUUCUUGGCUUCGCAUGAUGCUAACGAGCAAAAUGCAGAGUUGGCAGAGACGCUCUGGACUGAGUAUGCCAUGGAUGUUGAGCCGACUUACAAAAAUCAGCUACUUGAAUAUGCUGUGUCUGAGUCCAACUAUAUUCGCACUGCAGCAAGCAAGGCUAUCGCUGACGCCAUGGAGGAAUUCCCAGAUACUGUUCCUGAGACUUUGAACGCAAUCUAUGCCUUGUAUAAGGAAAAGGCCAAAUCUUUGGACCCCGAAUACGAUCGUUUCGGUAUGGUGAUUCCUGAGACUGUGGAUCGCAAAGAUCCAUGGGAGUCCCGUAUUGGUUUAGCACUUGCACUCAAGGAAGGUGCUCCGUACGUGGGUCUGGAAAACGUGCCCCGUGUAUGCACAUUUUUGAUCCAAGAUCUGCUCGCUACCUUUGAAGGUUACUUGAACACACAGGCUGCCAAUACGGAAACACACGAUUAUAUUCGCCAAUCGGUUGUCAUUCUGUACGGUGGUGCUGCUGGCUUUUUGGACCAGGGCGAUCCCAAGGUGCAAAUGGCUGUCGAUAAGCUUAUUGCCACGCUCGAUACGCCUUCAGAAGUCGUGCAAAGCGCUGUUGCUGAAUGCUUACCUCCCCUCAUCAAAAAGAUCAAGGAGAAUGUGCCGCAGAUUAUUGACACGUUGACCGAAAAGAUGUUCAAUGGCGAACGGUAUGCCCAUCGUCGCGGUGCUGCUUAUGGUUUGGCUGGUGUGGUCAAGGGCCGUGGUAUCACUGCCUUGAAGGAAUGCAAUGUUAUGGCCACACUCAAGGAUGCUAUCGAGAGCAAGAAGAAAUACGAGCACAGACAAGGCGCCCUCUUUGCCUUUGAGACCCUUUCAGCGAUGCUGGGUCGUCUAUUCGAACCUUACAUUAUCCAGAUUGUGCCGUUGCUCCUGGUCUGCUUUAGUGAUGCCAAUAUGGAUGUCCGUGAAGCUGCCUCGGACGCAGCACGUAUGAUCAUGAGUAAGAUCAGCGGUCACUGUGUCAAGCUUAUCUUGCCCUCGAUUCUGGAAGGUCUUGAAGAACGCCAAUGGCGUACCAAGAAGGCAUCCGUCGAGCUCCUGGGUGCUACCGCUUACUGUGCUCCCAAGCAGCUGUCCGUCUCGUUGCCCAACAUUAUUCCUCGCAUCACCGAAGUCUUGGCCGAUACUCACUCGCAAGUGCAGGCUGCUGCUAACCGCUCGCUCCAGCUCUUUGGUGAAGUCAUCAGCAAUCCAGAAAUCCAACAGCUGGUUCCAGUCUUGUUGGAUGCCUUGAGCGAUCCUAACCGCAAGACAAUGAAGGCUUUGACUUCUCUGUUGCAGACCUCCUUUGUCCACUACAUCGAUCCACCAUCGCUUGCCCUGGUGAUGCCUAUUCUGAACCGUGGUCUGCGUGAACGUGGUACCGAAGUUAAGACCAAGGCUACUCAGAUCGUCGGCAACAUGGCUUCGCUCACUGACCAGCGCGACUUGGUCCCAUACUUGCCUGUCCUUCUUCCCGGUGUCAAGCAAGUCCUUGUCGACCCUGUUCCCGAAGCCCGUGGUACUGCCGCUAAAGCAUUGGGUGGUCUUGUCGAGAAGCUGGGCGAAGACAACUUCCCUGACCUGGUUGUGGAACUUUUGGAUACGCUCAAGAGCGACUCUGGCGGUGUUGACAGACAAGGUGCUGCCCAAGGUCUUUCCGAAGUGCUUGCUGGUCUUGGUUUGGAGCGUAUGGAUGGCCUGUUGCCCGAAAUCAUUGCAAAUGCCGACAGCCCUCGUCCUUAUGUGCGCGAAGGUUUCAUUUCCUUGCUCAUUUACUUGCCUGCUACAUUCGGUGGUCGCUUCCAGCCUUACUUGGGCCGUAUCAUUCCUCCUAUCUUGAUGGGUCUUGCCGACGAGUCCGAGUUUGUGCGCGACGCAUCCCUGCGUGCUGGCCGCAUGAUUGUCAUCAACUAUGCUACCAAGGCUGUCGAUCUGCUGUUGCCUGAGCUUGAAAAGGGCUUGUUUGAUGACAACUGGCGUAUUCGUCAGAGCUCUGUUCAGCUGGUCGGUGACUUGCUGUUCCGUAUCACCGGUACCACCAACCCUAAGAAUGCUCUGCACUCCCUCGGUAAUGAGGAUGAAAUCAAGGAAGACGACGAUGAGGGCUAUGAGGGCGCAGGUGAAGGCAAGAAGCAGCUUGUGGAUAUUUUGGGCAAGGAACGACGCGAUCGUAUCUUGGCUGCUCUCUACAUUAUCCGUCAAGACACUUCUGGUCUCGUCCGUCAAGCCUCGCUUCACGUCUGGAAGGCUCUGGUGUCUAAUACUCCUCGCACUCUCAAGGAGAUUCUGUCUGUUAUGAUGUCGAUGAUCAUCAAAAAUUUGGCCAGUGCAAGCUACGAACAACGCACGGUGGCUGCUCGCACUUUGGGCGAACUGGUGCAGAAAUUGGGCGAAGGUGUUCUGGCCGAGAUCUUGCCCAUCUUGACAGAUGGUAUGAGUUCAGCCGACGAAGAUACACGCCAGGGUGUCACUAUUGCGUUCAGCGAGAUCAUGAUCACUGCUGGCAAGGUGCAAAUCCUCGACUUUGCUGACCAGAUUAUUCCUGCUAUCCGCAAGGCCCUGUGCGAUCCUUCUGAAGAAGUCCGUGAAUCUGCUGCACAGGCAUUUGACACAUUGCACCAGAACGUCGGCUCGCGUGCCAUUGAUGAAAUUUUGCCCGCUUUGCUUCACCAGCUCCAAUCCUCGACCGAAUCAUCUGUCUAUGCUCUGUCGGCACUCAAGGAAAUUAUGGCUGUUCGAUCCAACGUGGUCUUCCCUGUACUCAUCCCUACGCUUGUCACUGUUCCCAUCACUGCUUUCAACGCACGUGCCCUGGCAUCGCUUGUCACUGUGGCUGGCUCAGCAUUGAACCGACGUCUUACCACGAUCUUGUCUGCCAUUGUUGAGUCGCGCAUGGUCGAGAAGGACGAGGAAGUGCAAAAGGAACUCGCCAACACGACCGAGGCAUUGCUUAUCUCGUUGGAUGAAGACGAUGGUAUGCACACGCUGAUCUCGACGCUUCAAGACUAUGUUCGCAGCGACAAGGCCGAUAAGCGUGCAGUGGCAUGCGAUAUCGUCAACACAUUAUACACGGAUACCAAGCUCGAUGCUUCGCAAUAUGUCUCUGAUUGGAUCGGCACUUUGGUACCGUUGUUGAGCGACUAUUCCAGCGACGUGGUCCGUGCGGCAUGGCAGGCAUUGAAUGCCUUGACCAAAUCGGUCAAGAAGGACGAGUAUGAAGAACUCGUGAACCCUGUCCGUCAAGCCGUGCGCAGUGUCGGUGUUCCUGGCGCUGAUGUUCCUGGCUUCUGCUUGCCCAAGGGCAUCAGCCCUAUUCUCCCCAUCUUCUUGCAAGGCUUGAUGUACGGUAGCUCACAGACGCGUGAACAGGCUGCUCUUGGUGUGGGCGAUUUGUUAAACCGUACAUCUGCGGACGCGUUGAAGCCAUUCGUUACCCAGAUCACUGGUCCUUUGAUUCGUAUCGUUGGCGAUCGCUAUCCCCCUCAAGUCAAGGCGGCUAUCCUCCAAACCCUCAGCUUGUUGUUGGCUAAGGUACCCAUGCACCUCAAGCCGUUCUUGCCUCAACUACAGCGCACCUUUAUCAAGUCACUGAGCGAUCCCACCAGCGCAAUUGUGCGAUCGCGCGCAGCAUCUGCUCUGGGCAUUUUGAUCACCUUGCAGUCGCGUGUGGACCCAUUGGUGAGCGAAUUGGUAUCCGGCAUUCGUACGAGCGAACCAGCUAUCAAGGAAACGAUGAUGGAUGCCUUGCAGACGGUUGUUGCAAAGACAGUCAACGACAUGAGCGAAGUGUCCAAGCGCGGUGUCAUGUCGGUGAUUGCCGAAGGUCUGGCCGAUCAAGCCGAACCCGGCAUGAUGGUCUCUGCUGCACGUUUGUUGGGCAGUUUGUGCAAGGCCAUGUCAGUACAAGAUGCUGAACCGAUUGUCCAUGAACAUAUCUUGUCGAGCGCUGCUCCUCAGUAUGGUGCCGUAUUAUCUAUCAACUCGUUGCUGAUUGACGCGCCCACUCUGUUGGAAGACUUGGGUGUGGUCGACCAAGUAGUCGACUUCAUCAUUGACGCCAUGCAGACAGACAAGAAUGACGUGCCUGAAGCGGCCAUCACGGCUGCUGGCAAGUUUUUGAUGACCGAAUACUAUCAAAACGAAGACAUCAUCCAGAAACUCGUUCCUGCACUCGCAGAUGUCAUUAGCAGUACCGGUGCUGGUGUAGGCGAGCGUAAGCGUGUUGCUCUAGUGAUUUUGCGUGGCGUGGCCCGCAAGCAUCCUUAUGUAAGUUCUGUUAUAGAUGGAGUGGAUGGGGAUCUCUCUUGUUUGCAGCACAAAACUCACCCAUGACGUUGGUGAUAUACUACUUUUAGUUGGUGGAACCCUAUUUAAACAAGCUGAUACCUCCUAUGAUGGUCUGUGUGCGUGACCGCAACAUUCCUGUCAAGCUGACAGCCGAACGCGCACUGGUGUACACACUCCAAUUGAACGCUGCCGAGCACAUCUAUGAAGCCUAC